CGCUCCGUGGGCAGGCGGGUUACGGCCGCGGGGGGAGAAGAGGUGUGCGCAGAACGUAGCGGCGCAGGGCAGCGGCGCAAGCCAUGGAGGGCCCGCCGCUGUACCACGUGACGCCGCGGCGCCCCCUCCGCGCGCAGGCGGCAUCAGGCAGUGAGGCAGCGGAAGCUCUGGGGGUUGGGCCCGCCCCGUCGCGGGUCCGGCGGGAAGUGAGGUUCGCGGAGCCGCCUCCGCGGCGGGAAGGCGGCAGCUUCGGUCCCGCGAGGCGUGGAGGAGCAGCAGCUGGCGGUCGGGGCGCGGGGAGGCGGGGCCGGCGGCGCCGCGGGGCUGCAGCGGGCAGGAUGGUGGGGGACAGCGACGGGCAGGCUCCGCCGGACGCCACCGAGCUGAAGCACAGGCGGAAGAGCCCCCGUUUGGCGGCGGCGCGGGCGGAGGAGGUCGAGGCGGAAGCCGUGGCCGAGCCCGAAGCCGUGGCUGAGCCCGGCCCCGGAGGGGCUCUGGAGGGAGACGAGCAUCACUUUGGGAUUCCGGACUCCUUGACUCGGCCCCCUAUUAAAGCAUGUAGAUCGCCAGGCAGUCCUUCAAUUUACUUUCCUGCAGAGAAUCCAACAAAGGAAGAAGCAAAGGCUUGUAACAGUAAUGAACCCAAGAUACUAGCAGAGCAUCAACCAAACCUUUAUACACCGUUAAAAGAAAGAAAGGCUGACUUCCUUGAGAAGAAACAAGAGCACUGCUCAACAAUAUUAGCACGCAGAAGCAGAUUUCGAGAUCAGUCCAGUACAGGGAAGCAUUCACUGCCUUCAACCAAAAGUGAUGGUGAAUCUCAGAGUGGAUUUCACAAAAGCUGGACUUUGUUACUGGUUCUGUUAAUUUUUUGUGUCCCAUUGCUUUAUGUCCUGUGGAGUGGAAUGCCAAGUCUUCUAGAUACAACUUUGUCACAUAGAGAUAUUGAAAUUCUGCAAGCAUUUCGAGCCCAGAUGAAUAAACUAAAAAAUACUUACCAAAGUCAGGACCCCAGACUGUGGAAAAGGACCCAUGUGUUCCUUGAGAAACAUCUUAAUGCUUCUCAUCUGCAUUUGGAGCCAGCCAUCUUACUGUUCACAGCUGGCCAAGAAGCUGAGAAAGCACUGAGAUGCCUAAGUAAUGAGAUUGCCAAUGCUUUUGCCUUCUCCCAGAAUGCUACUACAAUCAAAAUUAAUGGGGCAGACAAAGCUGUAUUGGAUAGUGACAUUGUCAAACUGGAGGUAGAUGAAGAGCUCAGCUCUGGGUUCAGUAAAGGCAAGAAAGUAGCAGUGGUGCAUCGGUUUGAGUUACUGCCUGCAGGUUCCACCUUAAUCUUUUACAAGUACUGUGACCAUGAAAAUGCAGCAUUUAAGGAUGUGGCUCUUCUGCUGACAGUUCUCCUGGAUGAACAGUCACUGGGAAAGAGCCUCACCUUGCAAGAAGUUGAGGAGAAAGUCCGUGAUUUCCUCUGGGCAAAGUUUACCAGUUCAGAUAUUCCUAGUUCUUACAAUAGCAUGGACACAGAUAAGCUGAGUGGACUGUGGAGCCGUAUCUCUCAUCUUGUGUUGCCUAUUUGGCCUGAAAAAGGCCUUCCUGUGGAGGGGUGCACAUAGAAGUUGUUGGAGAGGACUCGGAAAAGGAUGAACACACAAUGUAUGUUGCAGUGGCUGAACAGGGAAGAACAUACUGUGGCUGUUGAGCUUGGGCCGCAUACAGUCUUUUCUGUGCAGAAAAAUUCUACCAGCUGGCAGGCUAUUUCUUCUAAAGUAACUGGGACUUCUCUAAAUCAGCUGCAGAAUGUAAGCAAAGAACUUGCUGGUUUUUUGGUAAGUUGUGUUCAGUGACUUACUCAGUCUUGGUGUCCUUGAACCACCAUCUCCUGAAGCUCUCUUGGUGCACUACUGGCUUUGCUAUGAGGUUUCUUUUCUGGCAGUGCAUAAAGCUGGUAUUGCAUUUGACAAGGUAAGAGGAUGCAAAAACAUCACCUUCAACUGCCAGAAUUGCUUACUUUUCUUCUAACACAAGAAAUACAAUAGAAACUGAAAAUUAUGGUAGUAUUGUGAGUCUAAGCACCAGCUUUUUCUUUACCAUCUGAUCGCAAUGUAGUGUCAGCUGUCUCUGGCAACUUCUUGCAAUGGUAAAAUUUCUUGAAACAUUUGUGACUUAUAGAGAACCUUUCAGCAAGCAUUUCUUCCUUAAAUAAGCCUCCCCCAAACAGUUCUGGAGAGUGAGAAAAGCUGAAGUACGAGGACUGCUUAACCUUAGUAGUACUGGUGUCAAUUAAAUAACCCCGCAGCACCUCUCGGCCUUGCUGCUCCCAGGAAUCCUCUGCUCUUUGUCAAAGUUCUGCAAGUCUUAAAAUUUGGGGGGAAAUGAUAAAAUGUCAUCCAUGUGUGUUUAAUAUCUCAUUUCAAACAAAAGUUUAGGAAGAUGUAGAUUAUUUCUCAUUUUAAUAAAAUAAUUAUUUUUGCAUCAA